GUUUAUUUUACUGAAAGCCUUAACAUUUUUAAGACACUUAACAUGGACACACUUUGGAUUGCAUAUUUUGUUUCUGUUUUGAGUUGUUUUCCUGGUAUGUCUCUUUGCCAGACGUGUGAAGGAGGCUUUUGGGGAGAAAACUGUACACAACCAUGUGGUCAUAACUGCUACGCUCCUUUUGGCUGUGAUAAGGAAACGGGUAUUUGUAGACGUUGUACAAAUUCCUAUCGCUGGGGAUUGUACUGUAACAAUAUAUGUCCAGAAAACUGUUCUGAUGGCCAAUGUUAUAAAGCAAACGGACAAUGUUUCACGUGUAUUUAUGGUUGGUAUGGAGAUAAAUGUAAUGCGACAUGCCCAAAAACGUGUUUUACAUGUAGUAAGUCUGGCAGAUCAUGUCACACGUGCAAGAAUGGAUACUGGGGAGAGCUUUUGUGUAAAAGGAAUUGUACUGCUAACUGUCGUGUAUGUGAUAAGCAAACAGGACAAUGCAUUGUGUGUUUACCUAAACGUUGGGGUACAAACUGCACUAGUGUAUGCCCAGAUGAAAACUGUCAUAGAUGUGAUGCUAAGACUGGCGCAUGUCUGCAGUGUGAAAUCGGAAGAUGGGGGUGAUACUUGUGAAAGCGUUUGUGGAAAAUGUUUGUCGGGUUCUUGUGAGAAAGAUGAUGGCAGUUGCAAAGGAUGCAUUCCUGGAUUUUUUGGCGAAAAGUGCACUUUUCAAUGCAACACAACAAACUGCCUUGUGCCUAGCUGUAAUUCCAAAACACAAACAUGCGACCGUUGUCGCGAUGGUUACUGGAACACAGCUUGUGAUACACAUUGUGCAUCAACAUGUCCUAGUACGUGUAGCAAAGACAGUGGCGAAUGUACGAGUUGUUAUUACAGGACAUUUGGACAAUUCUGUGAACGAAAUUGCAGUCAAUCAUGUCCAGGAAACUGUGACAGACGCUCUGGGGAAUGUAACAAUUGUUUAUCUGGUUCCUGGGGUCGGUUCUGUGAACACGAAUGCAGUCGCGCGUGUCUAGGACAUUGUAACAGACAAUCAGGAACGUGUGCCGAUUGUAAAAUUGGAUUUUGGGGUCCAUUAUGCUCGGAAGUAUGUAGAGAAACAUGUUUGUUAAAGACAUGUGACAAAAAUAAUGGGAGAUGCGGGAGUUGUGCAACUGGUAAAUGGGGAGAAAUGUGUGAUAUGACUUGUAGUCUUCAAUGCUAUGGUAACUGUGACAGAGAUACCGGUGUGUGUCCAGCAUGCUAUCCAGGUUACUGGGGAAAGUUUUGUCAAAACCAGUGUACAUCCAGUUGCCAUGACAAGUGUGAAAAAGAGUCUGGACACUGUAACUCCUGUAACUCAAGUAAAUGGGGAGAGUUCUGUGAAAAUGUAUGUAACUGUGACUGUGACAGGUAUACAGGUCAAUGCAGGUCUUGCGAUGCUGGGUUUGGGGGAGAAUCCUGUUUAAACAAAUGCCCUACCAACUGCCAGUCGGGAUGUUAUCAAACUUUGGGAGAAUGUAAAUACUGUAAAUCUGGAACAUGGGGUGUAAAUUGUAGCAAUAUGUGUCCUGCACACUGUUUCCAAUCAUGUAAUAGUCGUAGUGGUGUCUGUGACCAAUGUAUAAACAAUUUCUGGGGUGAUAAAUGUGACAAGAAGUGUGUUGAAAACUGUGACAUAUGCCAUCAACAGACAAGUAAAUGUGAAAGCUGCGUACCCUCGAAAUGGGGAGAUUCAUGCAAGAAUGAGUGUCCACAUAACUGUAACAAAGAAUGCAAUAUUACGAAUGGAAAAUGUAAAUAUUGCCUACCUGGUUUCUGGGGAGCGAAGUGUCAGUAUACGUGCGAACAAGGAAAUUGUCAAAGCUGCAAGGCAAAUACUGGAGAAUGUGAACUUUGCAAAUUGGGGAAAUGGGGAGACAAUUGUACAUCUAUUUGUCCAAAGAACUGUGAAAACGGUUGUGUACAAACUAACGGGAGAUGUCUUACCUGCAAACCAAACUUUUGGGGACGUUUUUGCGAGCAAGUCUGUAAAUCAGAUAAUUGUCUGACCUGUUAUAAAUCCUCGGGAUACUGUGAAACUUGCAACAUUUCGUCAUGGGGACAAAGCUGUAAUUAUUCUUGCAGUAAAAAUUGCAUAAUCGAUUGUAAUAUAACCACCGGUAACUGCAAUGGGUGUAAAUCAGGCUUUUGGGGAAAACAAUGUGAACACGUCUGUACAUACACUAAUUGUGAAAUGUGUUCACAAUAUUCCGACCACUGCUUAAAAUGCAAACCCGGCUAUUGGGGAAAGAAAUGCGAAAACAGCUGCGACAUUAGUCGAUGUCAGGACUGUGAAAUAGAAAAGGGAUACUGCAUAUUGUGUAGGGCUGGAAAUUGGGGGCUUUCUUGUGAGAAGAGCUGUAUCGGCGGGUGCCAGUGUUGUAACGUACACAAUGGGAAAUGCGAACAAUGUCCGACAAUCUAUACAGGUGAUACAAAUGUAGUUUUACCUACCGAAACUUACAGAAACAUUGUAAUAAUCACUGUGUCAGUUGGAAUCGGUUCCGGAAUCGCUACUAUUAUUGUAGCUAUCAUCAUGAUGAAAUGUAUUUUAAAAAGAAGUAAUAAAAGGAUGGAAAGAACCAAGAAUCCAAAUUCAGGUCAGACAGAUAUGGCUGAAUUUUCUCAUGCCAGAACACCAGAUCAUCCAUACGAAGAGCUUUGAGGAUUUGCUGUAAAAUGUACAUAUGAAUGAAGAACUAAACGACAGAAAACUAUUCAGCAAUUUAUUUUUUGGUACCAUAAUUGUCAACAUCAAAAUGUUGCAUGGACUCAAAUUUGGAGAAUAUGAUGCGUGUUGAAGUAUUCUUACCUUUUCGUUGUGCAGAAAGUUUAUGUCGACACUACUUUUAUGAGCUCGAGCGUUGUUAUUAAGGGGGGAAUGCGUUUCAAACCAGUACUCGGGCGUUUUUCUUAUAGAAUUUCUUGAUGGAAUUAAUGUAAUGUGUUCUUGUAGAAACAGCUAGUAAUAGAAAUUUCUGUUUGACAAGAAAUCUGCACAACUGGGCCUCAAGCAUUAGAGAAAUAUUUUAAACAGAACUUUUUUGCGCUUUUCUGACGCUUUGCUAUUACCGGACGUUUUUCAUUUUGUUCCCAACAUUGCUUAUAAUCAGAUUGUCUUUGACUUUAAAACGUACAAACCAAAGUUUCAUCUACUGUUAGUAAGAAAGAUAGUUUUCAAUUGUCGCAAUUUUAACAUUAUUUAUCCAGGUUCCUAGAGCAUUGUAAUCUAGUCUUCUCCUGAUCAUUGGUCAAUAAAUGAGGGAUUCGUCUAGCACAGAACUUCCCAAGAUCUAAAUGCUUUGUCAGAAUAGAGUGAACUGUUCCUUUUGAAAUAAUCAACCUACUAGCUAUAUCUUCCAUAGAAUAUCCCCAUCUUCCGCCACAUGAUAUUUGAAAGCAUCAAUAUUCUAGAGAUCAACGAUGUCUUAGACCUUUACAACAAGCAUCUUCAAGGUCAUGAAACAAGACUUGAAAUUCUUUACCCACCUUCAAACUGCCUUAAAUAACACGUUAGAGUGAUCAUGUAUAUUGUCCAGUUCAUUAAAAACUUGUUUAGCGCAACACGCCCUUUCAUAUAGGCACGUAUUUUACGUUUCACUGUCUUAACCAUUUUAACACAGAAAAUAGCCGGUAUAUAAGAGUGUCAUUAUUUAAAAUGUAUACAAUUUUUUCAUUCUUCUCCGAUCCGAUUUCCAGAGCUUUUCGAGUUUGUGUUGACAUUGAAUAUCUGAUUACACGUAUAUAUAAAUUAAACAUGAAAAUCAUGUAUUUAUGUAUGCAACCGCAUCAGUAACAAAACUUUUUGAAGCACCAUCGUAACUUGGUAACUGUCUAUAAUAUGGCGUAAUUUGUAAAUUAUGUAGUGAUGUCAUUUUUCCAACCAUUUCAGUAACUCUUUGUUUUCAAACUAAACAUGACAAUGGAUGUUUAUAUGUAUUCAUGUACUCAGUUGUCUAUGAUAGAUAAAAGCGCCUAAGUUUGUGUGUGUCUGCGUGUCCGAGGGUUUCGAAAGACGGUUUCGUUUGCUCUAAUUUAUGCUGCACUAUACACUAUCAUUAUCUAAUAUUAGUCUUAUCAAUGUCGUAUAAUAUGCGGUAUUUACCAAAAUAUCAAUUUACUAAUAAAAUUAAAUCUCAUCAACAGACUUCAAACCAGAGAAAAUGUAUCGGAAAAUGUAUCGUGUGCAAUACCCAGACCCAUAGCUCAAAGGUCAAGGUCACACUUAAAGGUCACUAGUCAACAUCCUGUCCAGUCUGUAAAAUAUUUUAAUAAAAGCUCAUGUGUCAUAUGGUGUAUUUUUUGAGAAUUACUCCCCUUUGUUUGAUGAUUUCUUACAUUUUCCCCACAUUUUCCAAUCAAUUUCAAAAUGAAAUAUUAUCAAAAUUGAAAUUAAAUAGUUUUUAGCUCACCUGAGCAAUGCUCGGGUGAAUUCUUCUGAUCGCUCGGUGUCCGGCGUCCGUCGUCUGUCUGUCGUCUGUCGUCCGUCAACAUUUAGCUUGUGUAUGCGAUAGAGGCUGUAUUUUUCAACUGAUCUUCAUGAAAUUUUGUCAGAAUGAUUAUCUUGAUAAAAUCUAGACUGAAUUUGAAAAUGGGUCAUCUGGAGUCAAAAACUAGGUCACUAGGUCAAAUCAAGGAAAAACCUUGUGUAUGCGAUAGAGGCUGUAUUUUUCGAUUGCUCUUCAUGAAUUUUGGUCAGAAUGAUAAUCUUGAUAAAAUCUAGACCGAGUUCGAAAAUGGAUCAUCUGGAGUCAAAAACUAGGUCACUAGGUCAAAUCAAGGAAAAACCUUGUGUAUGCGAUAGAGGCUGUAUUUUUCAACUGAUCUUCAUGAAAUUUUGUUAGAAUGAUUAACACCUUGAUAAAAUAUAGACCAAGUUCGAAAAUGGGUCAUCUGGGGUCAAAAACUAGGUCACUAGGUCAAAUCAAAUUCGAAAAUAGGUUAUCUGGAAUAAAAAAGUAGGUCACUAGGUCAAAUCAAAGAAAAAUUUUGUGUAUGCGAUAGAGGGUGUAUUUUUCAAUUGAUCUUCAUGAAAUUUUGUCAGAAUGAUUAUCUUGAUAAAACUUAGGUCAAGUUUGAAAAUGGGUCAUCUGGGUUUAAAAACUAGGUCACUAGGUCAAAUCAAAGAAAAACCUUGUGUAUGCGAUAGAGGGUGUAUUUUUCAAUUGAUCUUCAUUAAAUAUGGUCAGAAUGAUUGCCUUGAGUAAAUUUAGGCCAGUUACAAAUAUGGAUCAUCUGGAGUUAAAAACUAGGUCACUAGGUCAAAUCAAAGAAAAACCUUGUGUAUGCAAUAGGGGCUGCAUUUUACAUCGGAUCUUCAUGAAAUUUAGUCAGAAUGUUUGUCUGGAUGAAACCUAGGUCAGGUUCGAAUAUGGAUUAUCUGGGGUCAAAAGCUAGGUCAGCCAGUCAAAUCAAAGAAAAACCUUGUGUACGCAAUAGGGUCUGCAUUUGACACUGGAUAUACAUAAAAUUUAGUCAGAAUGAUUGCCUUAAUGAAAUCUAGGUCAAAUUAGAAUAUGGGUCAUCUGUGGUUAAAAACUAGGUCACUAUGUCAAACAAAAGAAAAACCUUGUGUAUGUAAUAGGGGCUGCAUUUUACACCGGAUCUUCAUGAAAUUUGAUCAGAAUGUUUGUCUGGAUAAAAUCUAGGCUGAAUUUGAAUAUGGGUCAUCUAGGUCAAAAACUGUAUCACCCGGCCAAAUUAAAGGAAAACCUUGUGUACGCAAUAGGGGCUGCAUUUUAAACCGGAUAUAUAUAAAAUUUAGUCAGAAUGAUUGCCUUAAUGAAAUCUAGGUCAGGUUGGAAUAUGGGUCAUCUGUGGUUAAAAACUAUGUCACUAGGUCAAAUCAAAGAAAAACCUUGUGUAUGCAAUAGAGACUGUAUUUUUCAAUUGAUCUUCAUGAAAUUUGGUCAGAAUGAUUGCCUUGAUGAAAGUAAGGUCAUGUUUGAAUAUGGGUCAUCUGGGAUCAAAAACUAGGUCGCUAGGACAAAUCAAAGAAAAACGCUUUGUAUGCGAUAGAGGCUGUUUUUUUAUACCCCCACCAAACAUGUUUGGGGGGUGGCUAUUUAGGAGUCAGUUUUGUCGCGUCGCAUCGCGAAAUCUAUUAUCUCAGUUAUUACUUAAUGGAUUUGAUUCAAACUUAAAACAGAUGUUUCACCUUAUCACCCACAUCAUGUGACAUAAGGUGCAUAACUCUGACACCAAGUUUUCAUGAAUUAUGUCCCCUUUUACUUAGACUUUAAGGUUAAUUUUGUUGUAUUUUCACUAUUUCUCAGUUAUUACUAAAUGGAUAGGAUACAAACUUAAAAUAGUUGUUCCACCUCAUCACCCACAUCAUGUGACAUAAGGUGCUUAACUCUGACAUCAAUUUUUUAUGAAUUAUGUCCCCUUUUACUUUAAAUUGAAGGUUGAUUUUGAUGUAUUUUCACUAUAUCUCAGUUAUUACAAAAUGGAUUUGAUUCAAACUUAAAAUAGAUGUUCCACCUCAUCACCCACGUCAUGUGACACAAGGUGCAUAACUCUGACAGCAAUUUUUCAUGAAUUAUGCCCCUUUUUACUUAGAAUUUAAGGUUAAUUUUGAUGUAUUUUCUCUAUAUCUCAGUUACUACUGAACGGAUUUGAUUCAAACUUAAAAUAGAUGUUCCACCUCAUUACCCACAUCAUGUGACACAAGGUGCAUAACUCUGACACCAAUUUUUCUUGAAUUAUGUCCCCUUUUACUUAGAAUUUAAGGUUAAUUUUGAUGUAUUUUCACUAUAUCUCAUUCUGAUUGGCUUAGAGCAAAAGGGAAGUAACCCUUUUUUAACUUUUGUACUGAGUUUCUUUGCCUUAAAUUCCAGAAUUAGUCUAUUUUUAGAAAUCCUAUUUUUAGAUUUUCAAUAUUUUAGGUAUUUUUCUAACUUUUUUAUUAUAAGUCCUAUGUAAAAAGUAAAUACAUUUUUCUGUGGUAACAUGGGUCGGUAAGACACUUUUAGUGUAUCUCUAAUAUUAGAGAUUUUUUAUAUUUACUAGUAUUACUAUACUAGUAUUAUACUAGUAUUACUUAUAUGUGGAAGCCCAGGAUGAAGUACUCCAAAGACGAGUAAAAUUCUUUUUAAGUAUUAAGCUUUUUUUGACAUUUUUAUAUUAUUCAAAGUAUUUUUAAGAUUUCCUAUGGUUGCCAUUCUUCUGUGACAAGACCGUAUGGUGGGGGUAUGAGUCACUCCUAGACAGUUCUAGUUUCAAUUGAGGUUCAUGAAAUUUAGUCAGAAUGAUUGCCUUAAUCAAGAUCGAAUGUUGGUUACCUUGGCUUAAAGACUAGGUCACUAGGUCAAAUUGAAGAAAAUACUUGUUUCCACUUCAAGAGACCCCAUUUUUUGUCCAAUAUUAAUGAAAAUUGGUCAGAAUAUUUGUUUCCAUGAAAUCACUAUGUUAAACAUGUUUACACUGUUAUGGUAUGUUUCUCAGGUGAGCGACCUAGGGCCAUCUUGGCCCUCUUGUUUAUAUUUAUAGUUGUAAAAAGAAAUUAACAACAGUUACUGUAGAUUUUUGUAUAUGCAAUGUACUAAUAAAAUUACCUUAUUUUAA